UUUCCAAGGCGCCCGUCCCCUUUUUCGCCUUUUUCUUCUGCUCUAGCCCUUUUCUUUUGUUUAUUUUACUACUUUCUUCAUUCUACACUAUAUGUCGCCAGUCCCAGUAGACUCGGACUCUGACCGUUCCUCCUUCAGUGUGGUCGACACCCAUAGAGACUGGAUUCGCCAGAGCCUCGCCACCAACAACUCUGCUCCUCUGCGGACCCGCCUUCAAGAUCUUUUGCGCCAUUCGCCAGUGUUCACCGAGAACUGCGACCUGUACCCGCAGCGCAUGCGAGACGUGCUGAACCAGCGGAGCCAAUGCAUCAUUGUUUCCGAUGACGUGAGCCCAAGUAGAGCUGUGGCGUCGAACGAUAUACUCCCAAUGCCCAGAGCCGACCUCGAGUCGCUGCUCCGCUUGUACCCAGCGGCAGCACGGCAUCUACAGCUGCAUCUGUAAAAAGUAGCACCAUGCACAUCCGUUUAUCCUGUCUUGCACGUUGAAGGAGUAAAGACGAGCC